CCCCGGCGCGUUUCAGCGGUGGGGGGCUGCUCGCAGCGCCUGCGGUGCCGUUCACCCUUUUAAAGCUGUGUUUUCGUACAUGGUUUUCUUGGCCUCGCACACAUGUAUGUGUUAAAGCGAUGCAGUUGACGUUUCCACGGAUGGAGACGGGUAGAGGGAUCUGGAGAGGCUAAAUCCAUGGGCUGAGAUCGACGGCAUGAGGUUCAGCAAGGUCAAGUGUCAGGUCCUGCUCACAACAACCGCAGGCAGCACUGGGGACAGAGUGGCUGGAAAGGUUAAGGACCUUUGCUGCCAGGCCUAGGGCAUAUUCUGAAAUGGUAAAUGCUGGAAUUAAAAAUCUGUACUUGACACCUCCCAUAAAACCGAAACCAAAUGUGCGCAUUGAGAGCAUGCCAUCAGAAAUGCUGCUGAAGAUAUUUUCCUAUUUGGAUGCUGUGUCCCUAUUGGCUGUUGGUUGUGUGAAUAAGCGCUUCUAUGAGCUGGCCAAUGACAACGGAAUUUGGCUGAAACUCUAUUCCAGAUCUUUGCACCCAAAAUGGACAAUUUGGAAAAUGAAGUCUAAACAAGCAGAAACUGUUUCUUUGGCCUGUGCUGCUGUACAUGAUAAAAAGCCUGGAUACUGGAAGAAAGAAUACAUCUUCAAACAAACAUCUGCCUUCAAAGCUAGAGUAAUGCGGCUUGUUAAAUUUCUAGAUCCUUAUACAGGUCUUCCAUGUAAAAACAAAGAAGCUAUGAAAGUCUCUGGGUUGAGUUGGAUAAUUGUUCUAGAGGACAAAAAUGGAAAAGAACAUGUAGUAGAGAAGCCAAACCUAUCAUUUAAGGACACAUCUGUUACCGUACUUUGGCAUGGUACAGACUGGCCAUGCUUAGACAUGCUGUCAACCCUAAAACUGUUUGGAGUUACACCAUUGCUUCCUGACCAAAGCAUACCUCCCAACAAGAGUGGACCUCGUCGAUUUUCCUUGAUUGCUGAGUACCAUCUUGCUAACCUGACUGAAAAUAGUGUAGUGGUUGGUGCUGAUGAGCUUGUCCAGCUCUUCAGUCUGAGUCCAGGACUGUUAGUAGGAACUUGGAAGGAAAAAAGUGAAAUUGCUUUCGUUAUGGCGAAUCUUCAUUAUAAUCAACUUCUUGAGAGAAGCAUUUUGGGUUCUGCUACUGUUCAAUAUGCUCCUCCACCUAAUAAACCUUUACUGGAUGAUAUUGACUCAGAAUAUGGACUGCAUGACUACAGCCUGCAUCUUGAUCUGCAUGGCAGAAACUGCAUGUACCUGUGUGGAUCCUUCAAGUGCCUCUUCUGCAGAAAACGUGACAUUGAAAAUGGAUACCUGAGGCUCAGAGUCGUGAACUUAAAGGAUAAUAGGAAGCACUUGCCUAUUGUUGGGACACUUGGCAUAUGCUGGGAAACAGAUGUGUUUAAAGGCAAUGUAAAGGACUGCUUUGUGAUGGAUCUGACUCUCUUGGAUGAAACUGGAAAGCCCUUCUGGUGUUUUAGUGCUCCAGUCCACAUGGAAUUGUCUACCAAGUCAUCUGGCCUUUAUGACUACAUGGGUCAUAUCUAUACUGCAGACUAUGCAGAUUCAGAGGGUAAAGUCUGUGUUGAGUUUGUAUGGUUGGAAGAAACCAAGGAAUAUAUUAUAGUCAGUUUGGUGCUUUAUGUAAGCACUAAAAAGGUAAAUAGCUGGUGUGGAACAAAUUACUGAAUUAAUUAGGUCACUAAUUUCCUUGUUUUAAGAACCAGACAAACAACUCUGCUACAAGAAAAACCACAAUAAACCAUUGAUGCUUAAGAUUGACACCAACAAGAAAGACUGUUGCUGCAAGUUUUCCAGUAACAAGUGCAAUUGCCUAAAUUUAUGUAACAGGCAAUUGAGGAAUUGAAGAGACAUUGAUAUAAGUGAGAGGUUUUCUUCUCUGUUGAACAUUACAUGGUUAGUCUGUUUCUCACUGGCUAUAUUGAAAUUAUUUUUAGGAGGAGUUUUCUUUAUAGACACUUGUUACUAUGGUUAAGGAAUUGCUUCUUUUGAGAGCCAUGCUGUGAAGAUGCCUUACCUUACAAAAGCUACCCUGGUUUUGAGAGCAUUGACUUGUAUGCUUAGUAAUAAAACUGCAUGUGUGCUGUUCCCUCCAGGUUUGUUGGAGUGUAAUUGGUAAAUGAGAAGUUUUGUUAAACACAUUUUGUUAAACCCUUUUCCCGGAAAAACUUCACUGAAAUAUAUUUUAGGAAACGAUUGAAAGGCUAGAUGGGAAGUCAGAUCUGAAAAAUGUGUCAGUCAAGGCAUUUGUUAAGAAUGCUGUGUAAAAUCUGUUUAUGACUUUUCUUUAUAUUCCUGUUUGUUCUGUUUUCCCAUGCUCUAACAUUGAUUGAGACUAGAUACUUGCCUCACAUAUUGGCCUAUUGAAUGUAUGCAGCACUCAGUUGUUUUGGAAACAGUGCAUAUCUGAUACUGUUUAUCUAAAAAUAUAAAUCCAUGUAAAAAUUGAAUAUAUGUGCCUGAUUUUCCAGUUCCAUGGAGUAACUUCAGAAUAAAAUUUUCUACUUCUUGUAUUAAAAAAAAAUAAUUAAAAAUUA